AUGCAAAACUCGCGCCCGAUUUGGCAAGAACUCCCAGUCCACUUCAAGGAAUCAGUUGUCGAUUUGUUGGACUUGAAAUCUAGGUAAUCAGUGAAAUGUUUUCAAAAAACUAUUGUAGAUUUCAGAGUUCACCUUCAAGUUUGUUCGAAAGCCGAUGCAAUGCUUGUGGACAAUCGUCCAGUUUUCUUGAAAAAAGUGGAAAUCAAUCGAUUCGAAAUCUGUCAUCCCCACGCUCAAAUGUCUGAUUUUCAAGGGAACGAGUACGAAGAAUGGGAUGCUCGCCGCUUUUUUCACUGGCUCCAUCCUAAAUCUCACGUGGAAUUCAUGGACAUCCGGAUAGACGGCGAAUCGGUUUGGCGCCUCAUGGAUUCGAUCAAAACGCCCAUAAAAUCAGAAAAUGUAUCGUUGAUUGAUGUGCCGAAGAGAAGUCGUUUCGAUGAAAAGAAACGCGUAAGUAAAUCAAAGUAAUGUUUUAUUCAGAAAAUAUACGAUUUCUCGAAAAACGUCUCUAGAUCUUUUAAUCUUUCGAUUUAAAAAGUUCACUUACAUGACUGCAAAUGUUUUCGAACCAAAAAAAAGUAAAGUGACAACUCGCAGCAAAAAAAAAAAUUUUUCCAACGAAAUUUCACUGUUUUCCGGCAAACGAUCGGUUUUUCCGCGAAAGCGAGCUGUCACUCUACUUCUUUUUGGUUCGAAGACAUUCUCAGCAAUGUAAGUAAAGUUUUUUUAACUAAAAGAUUAGAAAAUCUAGUGACGUUUUUCGAGAAAUCGUGCAUUUUCUGAAUAAAAUCUUACUUUCACUUACCUACGCGUUUCUUUUCAUCGGAUCGACUUCUCUUCGCGUAUUACUUUAUCUGAAAUCUGUAAAAAGAUCUAAUUGAGGUAGAAAGAAGAGAAAAAUGCUUUAAAGAGAUGAAAAUUUGGAGAAAAUUCAUCAACAACUAAAAAAAAAAGAACUUUGCGCGUAACAUAAAAUGCACUGUACGCAGAAAUGCACUGUACGCAGAGCAACACCGGCGUGCAAAAAUGCACAGGCUGAGGAUCAAACGUUUGGUGAACGUCGCAAAAGCCGCGCCGUGAAGUUCGAUGGAAAAACGCUGGAAAGACUUCGACUGCAUAGCCGAAUAAUUGAGAAAAUGCUCGAGGAACUGGCUCAAACGGAUCAAUGGAAAAGUGCUCGGGAUGUGAGCAUUCGAACGGAUCGACUGCAUUUGGAGCACUUUCUUCACGCCAAUACAUUCGAAGUUCAUUUGAAAACGCUGACUUCCGAAGGUGCACAGAAACGUAUCGAGGUAACCAACCAUAUCGUUUCGUUUCCCUAACGAAAAUCUUUUGCAGAACCUGAAAACCAAAAGUGUCGGAUGUGGAUUCGAAGUAAUCCUGCCGAUCAGCUCCGAAACUAGUGAACUUUUGGAAAAGCACAAACGAUCGGAGCCCGGCGAGCCUCAACCGAUCAGUUUACCGUCAAAGGACAUUGUGCUGGUUUUAAAGGUCUACACCAACAGUUACCUCGGCGUCAUUUGUCGUGUCGACCACGUUGAGAAGGAUUGCUUCGCGUUUUUGAUGAAUAGUCUGUGAUUCACAACUUUUUCCGACCACUCUUUUUCCUUCUUUCUCUCUCACCUUUUCGUCACUUUUUCCCUUUUUCUCUUCCCGUCUCACGCUUCGAUUUCAUAAUUCUUGAGAGGAAUGACCCUUUUGUUUGUUGUUUUCAGCAGAGUUGCCACGGGCCGGGCCGGGCCGAAAUUUUCAAAACUCCGGUCCGGCCCGGCCCGUCGGCCCGGUUCAAAAAGCGGGAAUCCAAAUUUUCAACUAUUGAUUAAAUAGAAUGUUUGUUUUUCGUAGAACUAACGAAUUUUGCAAGUAUCGAGCACAAAAAAGAAAUGUAGUUCUCAAAAAUAGUGUCGUUUUUUUUUUAAUUUUGAUCCCCGCAAAAAAAAAAACGAAAAAAAUAUAUUUCCCCCAAAAAUUUGAAUUCGCGCCUUUUGAGCCGGGCCGACCGGGCCGGGCCGGGCCAGCAAAUUUUCGGCCCGUAAUUUGGCAAGUCUGGUUUUCAGAACAACUGAUAACUUUUAGAUGAGUCCCAAGUUGGUGGGCAUGUUUUCGAGUUGCUCCAUUCUCGAUAUCGCUCUUUUCUAGUUUGCAAUAAGUGGUCAAUUUACAGUUUGUGAUGGAGCAGCGAUUGAAGAUGUUCCACAAUAUCAUUCCUGAUGUGGAGAAGCCUAAGGCGAUUUGGCAAGACAUGCCCCUACAUUUCAAGAGAACCCUUGUUGAUUUGUUGGAUGUAACGUCGAGGUAAGAGCCGUUUGUCGUCGGAACCACGCAGAUCAGGAUUUCGCACAGUUCUCCUCUUUCAGUUUCACCUAA